AUGACGUCUCCAGCAGCCUCGCCACCGUCUUCGGUGCCCUCUUCGCCCCGCCGAUCGCUCUUCAGCCUUCCCGGCCUGCGUCUCUCUGCCAAGUCGCACACUCCCCAAUCUGCAGACGGCACGACCACUCCAGGCGGUCAAGUAACAACCAUCGCGCAAACACCCAUCCUCGAGUCCUCGAACCCACUCGAGAAAUCCUCCAUCCCACCCCAAGCCCGAGAACAACAGAUCGUCGGUCUUCCUGGCACGACCCUCCCUGAAACGGCCAAGAUCCUCCUCGCUCUCGACGGCACGGAUGCAGGCGAUAAAGCCUUCACCUACCUCCUGUCCAACAAGCUGCUGCGCACCGACGCCCACGUUUUCCUCUGCACCGUCCUCCCCGCCAACGUCAUCUCCACCCCCUGGGUCGCAGGUCCCCUAACGAUCGAUACCGAAAAACACAAUGAAUUGCUCAAAAGCAUUCGCGCUCAGGCAGUAGAGAAGUUGGAACCGUACAAACGCCAGUUGAAGGAGAAAGGUUGGAGUGUGACGAUCCAUGUGCUUCAUGGAGAUGCUAGGGCGAGUCUGGUCAGGGUCGCGAACUAUCAUGCGGUAGAUCUGGUGUUGGUGGGAAAGAGGGAGAGGGGGUGGAAGAAGGGACUGGGAAGCUCGGGCACGGUGAGCAGCUAUUUGGUCAGUCACUCGAAUGCUCCGGUUCUCGUCAUCAAGUAG